AUGGACGACCUCAGUGGCCUGAGCUGGUCCGACGCCAAGAGUAAACCACCUCCUAUGAGCUCUGGCUACCUGUUCCCAACUGUGCCAUCAAAUGGCGGCUCCGGCAGGUCAACUCCGCUAUCCACUCCCUCGAACCGGUCCAAUUCCCCCGCGAAGCCCGCUACAUCAACAGGGGAUAGUUUCGCAAACUUAGUCUCCUUCAACUCCUCCGCAGCGAGUAAGAGUCUGUCCCUGGCGGAACAGCAAAAGCGCAUGCAGGAAGAAAAGGCCAAGAAAGAAGCCGAUAAUCGCAAUCGCCUGGAAUCGCAGUAUGGUGGCCAGAAUAAUCAGUUCUGGGAUACCUUCGAGCAAGGGCGCACGCAAAGCCCAGCCAUACCUGCGUCUCGGUCUGUGCCGCCCGCAGAAGACGAUGAUGAUAUCUUGGGCGCAUUCAGCGCUGAUGCGCCAGUGGAUGCUUCAACCCAUUUUCCAGUCCCCGCAUCGGCGAGGGCCUCGCCCGCAAUUGCUACCAACAGUCGCCCGGGGCCUCCCAGUGGAGGAAUAGCGAUGCAGGACAACACAGGAGGGUUGGAUGCAUUUGAGGAUGAUGAUCCAUUUGGACUCAACCAAUUAAAGCCAAAGUCUGCACCAGCUCCAGCCCCGCAACAAGUCGACGAUGACGAUUUCCUUGGCCUACUAGGCAAGCCAGUAUCGGAGAUUCCUCGUCAGCAACCCAGUCCCGCCCCUGCGCCGACCAUCUCGCCUGAUCAUGACCGAGAGCAGGAUGCUUCACCCAUGCCUUCGAACGAAGUCGAUCGAGCCAUUGCAGAGUUGGUGGAUAUGGGUUUCCCCGCGGACAAAUCGCGCAGGGCCCUCAAAACAACCCAGUCAGGGACUGAUGUUCAGGGUGCUGUUGGCUGGCUUUUGACUCAGGCCCAUGCCGAAUCUCGCCAGAAGACCGAUGGACGCGCCAAUGAUCGCCCCGCAGAGCGAAGCGAAAGAAGUGACAGUCGGAAUCGCGAUAGGCCCUCCUGGAUGAGGGAAGAAUCGCAUGGAUCCCGUUCGCGCGAGGAUAGACGGAGUCCAGCAUCAGCGGAUAAAGACCCUGCUCAAAUGGCUGCGCAGUUCGGCAACAACUUCCUUAAGCAGGCUGGCUCACUUUGGAAGACUGGUAGCAAGAAAUUCCAACAAGCGGUGAAUGAGUUUAAUCAUGAACAUGACCCCAGCCAACCUCGAUGGAUGAAAGAGGGAGUUCCUCAGCAGGAUGAGCUUCCCUCACAACCCCAACGACCUCGCGGCGAGCAGCAGACCCAGUCCCAAGUGCAGCAAGACUUCACAAACGAAGCUCUGCUUCUUGAGUCUGGCGAUGGCCGCCCUCAGAAACCAACUCGGUCUCGCGAAAAUCAGCGCCCGGACCCUAGAAGCCAGCCCAGGGACCAGCAGCAUCCUGGUCCUGCUCAGCCAAAGCAGCAAGGCAACUUCCUCGAGCGUCCAUCUCGACCAAGCUCUCAGGAUCCCAGAUCCCGGGUUUCUCGAUUCGCUGCAGAGGAGCAGCAGGCCCAAGCCUAUGUUAGCCCGGCGAGGCGCAAGCGGCCUCAAGCCCCUCCUGCCCCUGAACCCGCAGUUGACCUGUUCGAUUCUCCGGCUCCUGUAGCCAGUCGACCCAAGCCAUCGGCUCCUGCACAGACCUCCACUCCGGCGCGCUCGACACCCAUCCCCGUGCGCCCCAAGGCUCCAACCCGAUCCAUCCCACCAUUGUCCCAACAGGCGCUUCAAUCCACACAUCGCCACCGCGGUAAAGCGGCAGAUUCAUACAAGCGUGGUGACUAUGCAGAGGCACACCAGAGCUUCUCCACAGCUCUCGGCAUGCUCCCGGAAAAGCACCCCAUCACCAUCAUCAUCCGUAGCAAUCGUGCCAUGACAGCUCUCAAGAUCGGCGAGCCCAAGUCUGCCGUCGAAGAUGCCGACAUCAUCCUCACUUUCAUCGGACCUUCUAAAGGCGAGUCUGAAGUAAUCGAUCUCGGUAACGGCGAAUCCCCCAAACCCAUGAAAGACUUCUACGGCAAGGCCCUCAUGCGCAAAGCCGAAGCACUGGAACAGCUUGAACGCUGGGGCGACGCUGCGCAAGCAUGGAAAGACGCCGUCGAGUCCGGCCACGGCGGUAGCACCAGUAUCCAGGGCCGGAACCGAUGCGAGAAGGCCGCUGGCACUAGCAAGCCCCAACAACCUGCCCCUCGCAAGCGGCCCACUCCUGCCCCCAAGGCAUCUGCCCUGUCGGCUCUCGCACCAACCUCAGCCUCAGGCUCAGACUUUGAGUCCGUGAGUCGUCUGCGACAAGCCAACCAGGCUGCUGAACGCGCAGACGAAGAGAAAUUCGCACUAUCAGAGAGCGUGGAUGCCCGAAUCGCAACUUGGCGCAACGGAAAGCAAGACAAUCUGCGUGCGCUCCUCGGCAGCCUCGACUCCGUACUCUGGCCUGAGGCCGGGUGGAAGAAGAUUGGCUUGUCGGAACUGGUGUUGCCGAACAAAGUCAAGAUUCAGUACAUGAAGGGGAUUGGCAAGGUGCACCCUGACAAGAUCUCCACGACUGCCACUACCGAACAGCGUAUGAUUGCUGGCUCGGUCUUUGGAACCCUGAACGAAGCAUGGGAUAAGUUCAGGAUCGAGAAUAACCUUUAA